GGGUAGUAACAGUCCGACCCAUUGGCCACAAUAGGUUAUCAGUCUGACAGCUUCUCUUGAGCACCAAAAUGCCUCCCAAAUCAAAAGAAAAGCCCAAAUCGGCCGCCGCAGCCCCACCGCCGUCGAUCUCAAUCGAAGAUCUCUUCACUUCCAUUAAACGCCACGUCGACAAAGAUGAGUUCGAACAAAUCGUCAAGCUCUCAGAUCAAGUGUUAUCUGUAGCUCCUGGUGAUGAAGAUGCGUUACGAUGCAAAGUUGCGGCGUUGAUUAAGUGCGAUAAGAUCGAUGACGCGCUUUCGGUUAUUCGCAAGGUUCCCAAUGAUUUUAGCUAUUUCAAGGCAUAUUGCUUAUACAGGCAAAAUAAGUUAAAAGAAGCUAUGGAAUCGCUGAAGGGCCUUGAUGAAACUUCUGCAACUAUGCUUUUAGAAUCACAGAUUCUAUUUCGCAUGGGGAAAAUGGAUGCUUCUGUUGAUAUCUACCGGAAACUCCAGAAUUCGAAAAUAGACGCGCUAGAGAUAAAUGUUGUUGCUGGCUUGGUCUCAGCUGGGAAAAGUUCUGAAGUUAAAGGAAUGAUGGAUGCUCUCCGGGUUAAAGCAACAAGCAGCUUUGAGUUGGCAUAUAAUGCUGCCUGUUCACUUAUUGAAGAACACAAGUACACUGAUGCAGAGCAACUUCUGCUCUCAUCUAGAAGAAUGGGACAGGAAACUCUAAUGGAUGAGAGUUUGGCAGAUGACGAAAUUGAAAUUGAACUGGCACCAAUAUCUGUCCAGUUGGCAUAUGUUCAGCAGCUCAUGGGUAAUACAAAGGAAGCUGUUCAGUCAUAUACUGGAAUAAUUAAGCGAAAUCUGGCAGAUGAAGCAACACUGGCGGUGGCCACCAACAACCUUAUUGCUUUGAAAGGUCCCAAAGAUAUCUCAGAUAGCUUGAAGAAGCUUGAUAAGCUUGUAGAGAAAAGUGGGGGGCCUGGGAGCUUCCAGCUUGCUCGUGGUUUAGACUUGAAGCUUUCACCUAAGCAGAAAGAAUCAUUAUACAUUAAUCGAAUGCUGCUGCUACUUCAUUCAAAUAAAAUGGAGCAGGCUCGAGAACUUGUUGCUGCCUUGCCAGACUUGUGUCCGGGUAGUGUGGUGCCAGUAUUGCUUCAAGCUGCCGUCUUGGUCAAAGAAAAUAAGGCUGGGAAGGCUGAAGAAAUAUUGGGGCAAUCUGCAGAUAAGUUCCCAGAUAAUUGCAGAGUACUUCACCUUGCAAGGGCCCAGAUUGCUGCUGCUGGUGGUCACCCACAAAUUGCAGUUGCGUCUCUAGAAAAAAUACCUGAUAUUCAACACAUGCCUGCUACAGUGGCAACCCUUGUUGCUCUUAAAGAGCGUGCUGGAGAUAUCGAUGGUGCAGAUGCUGUUUUUGACUCGGCAAUCCGAUGGUGGUCAAAUGCUAUGACUGAAGAAAACAAGCUUAGUGUAAUCAUGCAAGAAGCUGCUGCUUUCAAGCUUAAGCAUGGCCGUAAAGAGGAGGCUGCUCGUUUGUACGAGGAGAUUGUGAAAAGUCAUGGAAGUAUUGAGGCUUUGGUAGGUUUAAUCCAGACAGCUGCUCAUGUCGAUGUUGAGAAAGCAGAGGCUUAUGAGAAGAAACUUAAACAACUGCCUGACUUAAAAGCUAUUGAUGUGGAUAGUUUAGAGAGGACCUCGGGUGCAAAGCAUGCUGAGGGUGGAUCUCAUAUGAAUACAGCUACCUCUUAUGAAGACAAUAACAAAGAGAAAACGAAGAAGAAGAGGAAAAGAAAACCCAAGUACCCCAAAGGUUUCGAUCCUGCAAAUCCUGGUCCCCCGCCAGAUCCGGAGAGGUGGUUACCUAAACGGGAGAGGUCUAGUUUCAGGCCAAAGAGAAAGGAUAAGCGGAUUGCCCAAAUUAGAGGAUCUCAGGGUGCAGUGGCUAAAGAAGCAGGAAAUGCGAACUCAAAAUCUAGCCAAGCAAGUUCCAAAGGGGUGUCUACAGGUCCAGAGCCAUCAAAGCCUUCCUCCAAGUCAUCUAAAAAGAAAUCGAGGAAGUGAGGAAUAUUUCCUUGCUAGAGGCGAAUCUGCACUUCUGUUUGCAAUUUUUUUCCUAUAAUAUUUGUACGUUGGGCAAAAAGCUAUAAGUUAAUUAGGUUAGAACUUAGAACUAUGCCUGAUAAGAUGUUGAAGAUGAGCACUGAAACUUGAUAUUGGCAGUUUUGCAGCCUGGAUAUAUUGUCAUUCGAAAACCAUACUUUAAAAUUGGAGUCCUUUGUUUGGUUAA